UUCUCUUGCUCGUCAGAAGAAGCAAUGACUGAACAAAUCGCCUCUGCGCUUGAGAAUCCAUCCGAGCUGGCUGCGGCACAACAAUGCUAUAUGAUUGUGACGCCUUCCGUCUUGAACUCCAACGGCGUCAGGGACCACGACGGCAACCACAUUAAGUGGUUCUUGAAGUUCGGUGACGGCAACGGAGAGACGCCCACCGGCCGUUAUGUCACCCAUAAUCCUGAUUAUGAAAUCCAAUCAAACCGCACAGGUCGCGCGGGCACCUUCCUACGACAGCAGGUCCUCGAGAACCGCGGAUUUGCAAUGAUCGUUCCGGACGGUUUUCGUAGCGAGUGGUAUGUUCUAUGGGAAAGACCGGACCAAAGGCCACCGAUUACCCUCAGCAAUAUUUUGACGAGCGCCAUUGACGCAUUCGCCAACUACAACCUCGGUACACAGGCGGGGCGCAACGCCGCGGCGACGGAUUUGGUCAACCGCAUCCCGCGGAUCUGCAAUAGUGCUCCUCCCUAAGCAGACAAGGCUCGUUCGUCACCAUUAGUAGCUCCCGAUGUGAUAUUUUCCACACUCGAUAAG